AUGAUUACUUUAAAGCCCAAUGCCGUUCGAACUUUUCGACAAGUACAGCGUUGCAGCACCCGCUUUUGUCGGUAUCAAUCUACGAACGUAAAGAAGUCUGUGACGCCUUUGCAGGAAUAUGACAAACUCGUUAAAUUGGGGAAGCUACGGGACGAUGCAUAUCAGCGCGGCAUUAUCUCUUCCUUGGGAGAUUUGUAUGAUUCAUUGCUAAGAUAUGUGCCUCCAAUAGUUAAGACGCCCAGUGCUGUUGACCAAGUCGGUGGUUGGUUAAACGGCCUCAAAUCUGUGUUUAGUCGUGGCAGAUCUAGGAACGCUGGGGCUUAUGUAGAUGUAUCCAAAAUCGGUGAUUCGAUACCUCGAGGAAUUUAUUUAUAUGGAGAUGUUGGUUGUGGGAAGACGAUGUUAAUGGAUCUUUUCUAUACCACAGUCCCCAAGCAUUUGACAAAAAAGAGGAUUCAUUUCCAUCAGUUUAUGCAGUAUGUUCAUAAAAGGUCGCAUGAAAUAGUUAAAGAGCAAAAUUUGAAAGAACUAGGCGAUGCGAAAGGUAGAGAGAUUGAUACGGUUCCAUUUUUGGCUGCAGAGAUUGCUAAAAGUUCUCAUGUUCUCUGCUUCGAUGAAUUUCAAGUUACUGACGUGGCUGACGCAAUGAUACUGAGAAGGUUGAUGACUGCCUUGUUAUCCGAUGAUUAUGGUGUGGUACUCUUUGCCACCUCGAAUAGACAGCCUGAUGAAUUGUAUAUUAACGGAGUCCAAAGGCAAUCGUUUAUUCCAUGUAUUGAAUUAAUAAAGCAUAGAACUAACGUAAUAUUUUUGAAUUCACCAACAGAUUACCGUAAAAUCCCAAGACCAGUAUCGUCAGUCUACUACUUCCCGUAUAACAGCAGCAUAAAAUACUCAUCAAAAGAGUGUAAAGCUCGUCGAGAAACUCACAUCAAAGAAUGGUAUAUCUAUUUUGCACAAGCUUCCCACACCGAUGACUCGACUGAUUCUCACACAGUGCAUAAGACAUUUUACGAUUAUCCGCUGACCAUUUGGGGAAGAGAGUUUAAGGUGCCCAAAUGUACACCCCCUCGAGUAGCGCAGUUCACAUUCAAGCAACUAUGCGGUGAGCCACUGGCUGCGGGGGACUACUUAACGUUGGCCAAGAAUUUUAGAUCCUUUAUAGUGACUGAUAUUCCAUAUUUAUCUAUCUAUGUCCGUGACGAAGUGAGAAGAUUCAUUACAUUUUUAGACGCUGUUUAUGACAGCGGUGGGAAACUAGCGACCACAGGUGCAGCAGACUUUACUUCAUUGUUUGUGGAACCUGAACAAAUAUUAAAUGACUUUGAACUACGCCCAGCAACAAAGAAAACCGAAAGAGUUGACACUGAUUUGGUAGAUGAGAUGGUCGAAAAACAUGGGUUCUCAAAGGAGAUCGCCAAGAAAUCUCACAUAUUUGCCCUCGAUGAAGAAAGGUUUGCCUUUGCUCGUGCUCUGAGUAGAUUAUCACAGAUGAGCACGACCGAUUGGGUUACCAAGCCCAGAUAUUGA